UAUCGAUUAAGUUGCUUUUUUCUUGGGAAUUUAAUUAAAUGAUAAAAAUGACACAUCCAUGAACUCGUAGUUUCAAUUGCACCUGUUUACAUUUCUGUUGUUUUUUCCCGGCUUUCCGUUUGAUAAUGCAAUCACUUUUUACUACAAAGACGCGGAUGUUCACAAUGACUACACGCAAUUCGAAUUAAUAACAUGUUCUCUAGUGAAGAAUCUGUUGGACUGCAAUGCAUUUUCUAUGUAUUUUAUGUGAAUCGAGAGGUCCUUUAACCACGCGCCGAUGUAUACGUGUUUCGAAAAAAUAAAGUGCUGUUUAGUAAAGAUUCUUUUGAUUUCUAAUGCGUUUCUAUGGAUUUUAUGUGAAUCGAGACAGCUUUUAGGAAUUGGUACAAGACUGGCAUCCAGUGAUGAUGGCGAAUACAUUCACACUUACUCAUCAUGGAAAACAGCUGGAGUUAACGCAGGAAAUAACAACAUGGAUAACGAUUUUCGCCCUGGAAAUCAUUUCAUUCCUUUUCAAAUAUGGGUUACGAUUAUGAUCAGCCUUUUCGUCUUCAUUUUAAUGUUAUGUUAUUGCUGUAUUGCCUGGGAAAUGCGUCGGAGACGUCUGUGGAGCAACGUGGAUGUUAACCCCUCUCAAACUGUAGGCCCGUGGAGCAACAUGACUCCGUAUCCUUCUCAGCCUGCAGGGCAAUGGAGCAACGUAAAUGCGAAUCCUUCUCGACCUCAAGGCUUAUGGGGCAAUGUAAAUGCGAAUCCAUCUCGUCCUGUAGAUCAGUGGAACAACAUGACUGCGAAUCCAUCUCGUCCUGUAGAUCAGUGGAACAACAUGACUGCGAAUCCGUCUCAGCCUGUAGGCUUGUGGAGUAACAUGAAUCCGAAUCCCUCUCGACCUGUAAUGCCAGUAGCUCCUCCAGGGCUUCAAGAAAACUUCCGAACACUUGUUGACGGUAAUGAUGGCCGAAUGCCUAUUGGUGGCAGUGAUGUUCCUCCCGAGUACUCAGCAGUUGUUACAUCGCAAGAGACCAUGAUGGCAAUCGCUAGUGAUAACAGUCAUCGAUAUCCAAGAGUGGUUGGUGGAAGGAAAGCGGAAUCACCUCCCCCAGAUUAUAUGACAGUGGCACCUUUCAAGUGAAGCUAGUUUUUAUCCAUAGAAUUGGCAACUGCUUAUUAUGAAUGGCCUAGCAAACGUAAAUGGCUUGCUUUUACGCACCGUAAUGCUUAUGGCUGUUCGUUUCCUUAGUGAUACUUAGUAUUUAAAAGUGAUACCAAAGGAUUUUGGACUCAUGAACCUCACUGGAUUGGUGAAGGUUUCAAUGGCGUAGCAAGGGUAAUUGUUAUCCAGAUCACUAUUCUUGCGGGCCAAAAUACAUGGAUGUCUAAUCUUAUAGGUCAAAAUGCCCAUAAACUUAAAGUAUUCCUAAUGUCAUUUAAAAUUGACAAAAAUGCACUUAAGUUUUUGAAUGAAUUUGAUACUCGGGAUAUUUACACUCUUUUGCCUUCAGUUGCACUGGCACUGUUUUUUAAUGUGAUUUUUUAUUGGAUGAAGGAUUUAAGUCCUAAAUUGUAUUAAAUAUUGUAUUAUAUAUCUCAUGUUAUGUAUUUUACAUUGAAAGCUUUGACUCUUAAAAAUUGAUGGUGAAAAUCCGAGAUUAUUUAAAAACAACAAGCCAAUUGCCAGAGUGAUAUGUAUUUGAAAAUGAAGUUAUUUUUAUAGAUAAUCAAAUUCAAAGUAUUUAAUAAAAGUAAAUAUUAAAAAUAUAAAGUUAUUUUUUAUAGAUAAUUCAAGUAAAGUAACAAUCACAAAAGCAUUUGAAAUAUGAUAAAUUGGUUGAUUUUAACUGAGGCCUAAAUUCAAGAAAUAAAGAAAAAAAAAAAUCCUGCUAUUUUCUAGUCUAAGAAGGAAGGAUAUAAGUCAAGAAUACUUCCUAUUUUAUUGCUGAUAUAUUUGUUUGGAAAUCAGUGCAUCUAUUGCCAAUCCAGUUAAGCUUUUCUGAAAAAUACCAUUCAUAUUGAGUAAUUCAGAGUUAAGAAACAUUCAAUUGAAUUUCAAAAUUGAAGCAACCAUCUUUGUAAAUUAAACAAAAAUACAUGACUAAAAAUUCAUUUAAAAUUAUUUGAAAAUUGUUCUUAAUAAUGGGCAAUCUAGGCCCUAUUAAAAUUCCAUAAAAUUUUAAAAUAAAUUAUGCAUUUUUUAAAAUUAUAGAUUGUUGUUUUUCUCUAUGUCUUUGCAAUCAGCUGUUGUUGUUCGUAAGCGCAUUUAUAUAUAUUUAAAAGGAUCUAAGCUACUAGGAACCUUUUGCUCGAUGUAGAUUUUGAAAGUUAUUUUAGAAAAACUGGGAAAAAAUUUGAAAACGUUUUUAAAUGCUAAAUCAGAAAUGCUUGAUAUUAAAUCAAAAAAAUAUCCAGGUCCUAAAAUUCAUAUUACUUUAAAAGUGUUCUUUUCUCAAAUGAAUUACUAUUGAUUUGGUUUUGUUUGGUGGACUACAUUCAUUUCGGAAUUCUUUUAAAUAAUGAAUCCGAAAUUUAUGAAAUAGUAAUUGGUUCGUAGCUUAUAGCUGCAUUAGUUUAUACUAUAAAAUAUUCAUUCUUAAUUUGUCAGGAUAUAUUGUUCUUUUCCAAAUUGUAUGAGAUCAAUUACAAGAUGCAUUUAAGUCAAAGUAUAUUUUAUCUUUUAUCAUGCCAAUGAAAUCAAGUUCAAUUAUUUCAGAAUUAUUUUUGACUAGUCAUCUUGACUUUAAAUAUUAUCAAUAAAAUAUUGUUCAGAAUGUUUACAUGAAUUAAGAGUUUACAACGCUGUUGCUUUAUGAAGUACAGUAAACUUUCGAUUAUCUGAGAAGUUGCUGGUUCGACAACCGAAGAUAUUUCUCAACAGGUCUAAAAAGAGCACACAUCAAAACGAAAAUGCUUUUGACUACUUUUUAAUUACAAUAGUGGAUUUACAUGUAAAAUUAUGAAUUACAGAAUAAAAACAGGUAUAUACAAAU